CGAGGCUCUGUUGUCGCUAUCUACCGUUUGGUGGCGCUCUUUGGUCUUCCAUCAGUGCUUAUGAUCAUUUGUUACACCCGGGUUAUCAUCGAACUAUGGAUUAGCACAAAGACUAUGGACGAAUUAACAAAUCAUAGCGGUGACCAGCAGUUAAGACAUGUGGAGUCGCGAGUCAGUAUUAGUCAACACACUCAUUCUCCUUCCUGCCAUCCUCAUCGAUUGAUUUUGCGCAGUCACACCACAUCAGACAGUCAUGAAGUCAAGCAAGCUCGACGACAGGUUAUCAAGAUGCUGAUUAUUGUAGUGUUCCUCUUCUUGGUGUGCUGGGGACCGCGGUUGGUCCUUGAGAUCUGCAUCAUCUACGGCGUGGAACACUUCAAUCACUGGAUCUAUACCGCUCGAAUAAUAUUUUUCCUGCUGCCCUUUGUUCAUAGCUGCCUGAACCCUAUAGUCUACUGUUUCAUGAGCACGAAAUUCCGUCGACGGAUGAUAAGAUCGCUAGAGCUCUGGUGCAGAGGGUCGUGCACGUGUUUCUUGAAAAAACGUGGCAAACGUCAUCAGAUGAGGAUGAAAAGCUCUGUUUCGAGAAAUGGGACCAUCCGAACUGUAUCAACUUACACCUUUACGUCAUUUACCACUUCAGCAGCCUGUAGUCCAUCUGGUGAAACAGCCCAACUUAGAACCACUAACAACGCUGUGAGGUACUAA